UUGUUCAUCUUUGACGGCCUGGAUGAAAGCAGACUUUCAUUGAAGUUCAACAACAGUGAGGUUGUGUCUGAUGUCACACAGAAGGUAUCAGUCAACGUGCUGCUGACAAACCUCAUCAAGGGGAACCUGCUUCCCUCGGCUCUGGUCUGGAUCACUUCCAGACCUGCAGCAGCCAAUCAGAUCCCUCCUACAUGUGUUGACAGGGUAACAGAAGUACGAGGCUUCACUGACGCCCAGAAGGAGGAGUACUUCAGGAGGAGGUUCAGUGAUGAAGAGCUGUCCAGCAGAAUCAUCUCCCACAUCAAGACCUCCAGGAGCCUCCACAUCCUGUGUGGAGUCCCAGUCUUCUGCUGGAUCACUGCUACAGUUCUGGAGCACAUGUUGACUACAGAGCAGAGAGGAGAGCUGCCCAAGACCCUGACUGACAUGUACUCACACUUUGUGAUGGUUCAGACAAGGAGGAAGAAGAACAAGUACCAUGAGGGACAUGAGACGAGUCCACAGGAGCUGAUGGAGGCUGACAGGGAAGUUCUUCUGAAGCUGGGGAGGCUGGCGUUUGAACAUCUGGAGGAAGGAAACAUCAUGUUCUACCAAGAAGACCUGGAGCGCUGUGGUCUGGAUGUGACAGAGGCCUCAGUGUACUCAGGAGUUUGCACAGAGAUCUUCAAAAGAGAGAGUGUGAUCUUCCAGAAAUCAGUCUACUGCUUUGUUCAUCUGAGCGUUCAGGAGUUUCUGGCUGCAGUCUACAUGUUCCACUGUUACACCAACAAGAAGACAGAGGUUCUGAAGGACUUCCUGGAGAAAGACUUCCAGUAUGACACAGCACCUCUGAGUGACUUUCUUUAUGUAGCCAUGAAGAAAUCCCUGCACAGUAAAAAUGGUCACCUGGACCUGUUUGUUCGCUUCCUUCAUGGCCUCUCUCUGGAGUCCAACCAGAGACUCUUAGGAGGUCUGCUGGGUCAGACAGAGAACAGUCCAGAAAUCAUCCAGAGAACCAUCAAUAAGCUGAAGGAGAUGAACAUUUAUUUUAUAUCUCCUGACAGAAGCAUAAACAUCUUCCACUGUCUGAUGGAGAUGAACGACCUCUCAGUUCAUCAGGAGAUCCAAGAGUUCCUGAAGUCAGAGAACAGAUCAGAGAAGGAACUCUCUGAGAUCCACUGCUCAGCUCUGGCCUACAUGCUGCAGAUGUCAGAGGAGGUUCUGGAUGAAUUUGACCUGAUGAAGUACAACGCAUCAUAUGUGGGACGACGGAGACUGAUCCCAGCUGUGAGGAACUGCAGAAAGGCUCGACUUACUGGAUGUGAACUCGCGGAGACAUACUAUAAAGUUGUGUCCUCAGCUCUGAAGUCCAACCCUUCCUAUCUGACAGAGCUGGACCUGAGUGGAAAUAAACUGAAGGAUUCAGGAGUGAAGCAUCUGUCUGCUGGACUGGAGAGUCCAAACUGUAAACUGGAGACUCUGAGAUUGUGGCGCUGUGGCUUGUCAGAGAUCAGCUGUGAUUCUCUAGUCUCAGCUCUGAAGUCCAACCCCUCCCAUCUGAAACAUCUGGACCUGAGUGUCAACGAUCUGAAGGAUCCAGGAGUGAAGCAUCUGUGUGGUUUUCUGGAGAGUCCAGACUGUAGACUGGAAACUCUGAGUCUGAUGAACUGCAGUUUGUCAGAGAUCAGCUGUGAUUCUCUGGUCUCAGCUCUGAAGUCCAACCCCUCCCAUCUGAGAGAGUUAAACUUGAGUGGAAACAGCCUCCAGUAUUCAUAUGUGAAGCAGCUUCUUGAUCUUCAGGAGAGUUCAGACUAUAAACUGGAGACUCUGAGGUGGAGAGGGUGAUCGUUGUGAAGAAAUGCACAUUUAAUGUGAGUGUAUGUGAAGAUAUAAACUGCACAUGAGAUGUUGAUGAGAUAUGAUGUUUAAAUUUGAUUAAGUAUGAAGCUACAGAAAGAAUAUGACAAAGGACCCAUCAUAGCUUUAAUGAUCAAGAUAAUGUAGUUGAUCAUUUCAUAAACCAGCUCUCAGUAAGUUGUUGUUUGAGUUUUGUUUUAGUUUAGAAAUAUAACUCAGGUGUUACCUACAUUAAUUGAACAAUGUGUGGAAUUUUGUAAAUAUGAAUAUUUUAUGAAAGUGAUUCCUUUGAAAAAUGUCAGGUUUUAAAAUGCUGGAGAAAGACUGAGGACGUUUGUCUGGUGGUAGAAUAAACGUUUUACACUAAA